AUGCUUCGUAUUUCAGGUCGUGGCCUGAGGCUGUGGUCCGUCACCCAAAGCCAGCAAGGUGCUUUGACCUUGUUUUUGGUCCAAUCCCAGGAGACCGCCUUGCCUAUAAAGACCCCCCCAAACUCCAAGUCUUCACCGCGUCCGGCCACGAAGAUGAAGAUCCUUUUAGUCGUCCUCUCCAUGAUAGCGAGGAGUCGUCCGCUGGAGCUGAGCGACUGCGGCGCGGACGCCAGGAGACCUCAGAUGACCGACAUCUCGGUGCAGUGCGGCACGUCCUCCAUCAGCCUGGCCGUCCAGGUCUGCCCGGUCAUCUACACGGGCUACAACGAGACCCUCCUGAUCCUCAACCACGUGACGGACUCAAGCUGCCGGGCCACGCUGGACGAAAGCGCGUGGCCCCCGGUGGCUCGCUUCGAAUUCCCCCUGAACUCGACGCACGCCUGCGGGAGCACCUUCCUGACCACCAGCUCCACCGGCACCGGCGUCUUCUCGGACUUUUCCAACAUCCAGACAGUGAACAUCAGCGGCGUGAUCCGCUCCAUCGACACCACCACCGGCACCAUCACGUACAACGCCGAGCUGAAGUACUUCUACUCCUGCGCGUACCCCUUAGAGUACCUGGUCAACAACACCCAGAUCGACGUGUCGGCGUCCUCCGUCGCCGUGAAAGACAACAACGGCAGCUUCAUCAGCACCUUGAACAUGAAGCUCUUCAGCGACCCCGGCUACCUCCAGCCAUUGGUCAUACCCAGUCUCGGCCUGGAGCUGCGGACCAACGUGUACGUGGAGGUGAAAGCCGUCAACCUGACCGGGCAGUACCACGUCCUGCUGGACCGCUGCUACGCCUCCGUCUCGGCGCUGCCGUCCAACUCCAGCUCCUUCAACCUUUUCGUGCCGUGCUCCAAGGACCGCUUCACCACCGUGAUCGAGAACGGCGACAGCCAGAGCGCCCGCUUCCACUUCCCGGCUUUCCGCUUCAUCGAGCAGCAGAACGAGACGGUGUCCACCUACUUCCUGCACUGCAUCACCCGCCUGUGCGAGAGCAGCACCUGCAGCAUCUUCAAGCAGUGCAACAACCGCCGCAAGAGGGAGACGGUGGAGGCCACGCCGGACGGGGUGACUGAGCCCUACACCGUCACCUCCAAGAAGCUCAUCACCAAAACCGAGACCGGCGAGUCCAAAGAGGAGCCCCUGGUCGACAGCGACGAAGACCGGUCCGCCGUCGGGCUCAGCGUUGCCGUCGGCGUCCUGGCUUUUGUUUGCGCCGUGGCCCUGUGUGCCGCCGCCAUCUUCUACAAGAGGCUCAGGAACUAA